GUAAGACUGUUGUCUAGUUGUUGAGAGACUUAGGCAGUUUCUUUUUUACUUAUCUUAAUAUUAUAAUAAAUAAUAAUUUAUUAAUUGUUUAAUAUUAUUAUUUUAAAACCAAUUAUAAUUUUAUAAAAAAUGACGUGGUUGCUUAUACUGCUGGGAUUAUGGAUUUGGUGGAUGUCUGGAUAUAAACAUAGAAAAAGGCUGAGGCAAAUAGUUAAAGAGCUGCCCACAAGUCUUCCAGCGUUGCCGCUGGUUGGACAUGCGUAUUUAUUUAUGGGAAAUGAUGAAGACAGAAUGAAAGGCCUCCAAAGGAUUGGACGAGAUGCUAUACAACAGGGCGGGACCUUGGGAUAUUGGCUAGGCCAAGAUUUAUAUAUCGCCGUUGCGGACCCUGUGGUGGCAGACUUGCUUCUAAAAAACUGCCUGUCAAAACAUGAAAGCACAAUGAACUGUGGACGUAUUUUCAUUGGCAAUGGAAGCUUAGCUGCUCCAGUGCACAUUUGGCGACCACGCCGUAAGAUCCUAUCGCCAAUCUUCAGCCCGAGGAACCUAAACGCCUUCGUCGAAAUAUUCGCGAAGCAGAGUGCCACGAUGGUGGAGCUUUUACGCCCUAUGGCGGGGGCCGGAGAGUUCUCCAUUUGGAAAUACGUGGCUACGUACACCUUCGAUGCUGUGACAGAGACCAAUUUAGGCGUAAAGAUGAACUCGCAGAAGAACAUGGACCACCCAUACCUAGAUGCAUUCGACAAAUGUGUCAGUUUUAUAGGCGCCAGAAUGUUGUCACCUUGGUUUCAUCGAGAUUUUAUCUAUCGCAUGGUGCCAAGUUACAGACAAUGUAAAAGUUACGUUAACUACAUUGACAAGUUUGUCAGUGAGACCAUUUCAGAAAAGAGAAAAGCAUUAAACGAAUUACGUGGAAAGAUAGGAAAUGAUGGCACGGAACCUAAGAAGAUACGAACCUUAGUGGAGUUGUUAAUGGAGACACCAGAAAAUGAAAGAAAGCUUACCGACAUGGAGCUUGUAGAAGAAUCGAAGGUUAUCAUAAGUGCAGGCACCGACACAUCAGCCAUAGGAGCGUGCAACAUAUUACUCAUGCUCGCCCGCCAUCCCAAAGUCCAAGAAGCUGUUUAUAAGGAGCUGCAUGAAGUAUUCGGUGAUUCAGAUAGAGAGGCGACUGUGGAGGAUUUGUCUCGUCUCAAAUACUUGGAAAUGGUCAUCAAGGAAUCGUUGCGAAUGUAUCCCCCUGUGCCAGCGAUUGUUAGAGAGCCAAUCGACGACAUUAAAUUGCCAAACGGAACAAUCCUCCCUAAAGGGAUCGCUAUAGUGGUGUACAUCUGGGCCGUGAACCGGAACCCUAACUAUUGGGGAGACGACGCCGAUAGUUUCCGACCCGAGCGAUUCCUUGAUCCCCUCAAGCAUCCGGCUCAGUUCAUACCUUUUAGCUGGGGGAUGAGGAAUUGUCUAGGGUACCAAUACGCUAUGCUGUCCUUGAAGACGGUAACAUCCACCAUUCUGAGAAGGUACCAAGUGCUUCCACCUGCGGGCUUGGAGCCAGCCCAUUAUGAGGACCCGCUUAGGGUCAGAUUUAAGGUCAUGAUGAUGGAUGUGGACAAUUUUAUGGUGCGGUUGAAGGAAAGAGUUAUGACGUGGUUACUUAUACUGCUGGGAUUAUGGAUUUGGUGGAUGUCUGGGCAUAAACAUAGGAAAAAACUGAGGCAAAUAGCUGAAGAGCUCCCUACAACUAUUCCAGCGUUACCGCUGGUAGGACAAGCGUAUAUAUAUUUUGGGAAUGAUGAAGACAGAAUGAAAGCUCUGCAAAGGCUUGGACAAGAUGCCAUACAACAGGGCGGGACCAUAGCAUAUUGGAUGGGCCCAGAGUUGACCAUCGGCGUCGCUGACCCUGUGGUAGCUGACUUGCUUCUAAAAAACUGCCUGUCAAAAGAUGAAAACAUGAUGCGCAUCGUACGCACUUUCACUGCGAAUGGAAGCAUUACCGCUCCAGUGCACCUUUGGCGGCCGCGCCGUAAGAUCCUUUCACCGAUCUUCAGUCUGAAAAACCUGCACGCCUUCGUUGAAGUAUUCGUUAAGCAGAGUGCGACGAUGGUGGAGCUUCUACGCCCUAUGGCGGGGGCCGGGGAUUUCUCCAUUUGGAAUUACAUGGCUACGUACACCUUCGUCUCUGUGGCAGAAACUAAUUUAGGCGUAAAGUUGAACUCACAGAAGAAUAGGGACCACCCAUUCCUGGGGGCAUUCGAUAGAUGUGGCACUUUUUUAGGCGAACGACUGGUUUCACCAUGGCUUCAUCCAAAUUUCAUCUAUUACAUGCUGCCAAGUUGGAGACAGUGUAAAAGUUGCGUUAGCUUGAUUGACAAUUUUUUAAGUGAGACUAUUACAGAAAAAAGAAAAGCCUUAAAUAUAUUAUGUGAAAAGAAAGAAAGCGAUGCCACGGGGCCAAAGAUGAUACGAACCUUAGUGGAGUUGUUAAUGGAGACACCAGAACAAGAAAAGAAGUUUAACGACACAGAGCUUCUAGAAGAAUCAAAGGUGAUCAUAGGUGCAGGCACUGACACAUCAGCCAUUGGAGCGUGCUACAUUUUGCUCAUGCUCGCCCGCCAUCCCAAAGUUCAAGAAGCUGUUUAUAAGGAACUGUCUGAAGUAUUCGGUGGUUCGAAUAGAAAGGUGACUGUGGAGGAUUUAUCUCGUCUCAAAUACUUGGAGCUUGUCAUCAAGGAAUCGUUGCGAAUGUAUCCCCCUGUGCCAGCGAUUGUGAGAGAGGUCAUCGACGACAUUACAUUGCCAAACGGAACGACCCUCACGAAAGGUGUGAGUAUAGUGAUGUACAUCUUCGCCGUGAACCGGAACCCUAACUAUUGGGGAGACGACGCCGAUAGUUUCCGACCCGAGCGAUUCCUUGAACCCCUCAAGCAUCCGGCCCAGUUCAUACCUUUUAGCUGGGGGAUGAGGAACUGUAUAGGGUACCAGUACGCAAUGCUCUCCUUGAAGACGGUCAUAUCCACCGUCCUGAGAAGCUACCAAGUGCUGCCUCCUUCGGACUUGGAUCCAGCCCACUAUGAGGACCCAAUAAGAGUUAGAUUCAACAUUAUGAUGAAAGAUGUGGACAAUUUUAUGGUGCGCUUGAAGGAAAGAGCUUGAAUGCGAAGCUUAGCAUGGUCACAU